UGAUAAUGACUUGUAGUCGAAAACACUCAAUUCAGAAAGCAAAGUAUAUACAUAGGUUUUUGUAUAUAACUGAAUGUGUUAAAAAUGUCUCUCUGGGUAUUUCUCUUCGUUAUUGGUUUAGUGUUAUGUAAUUCAGGUGUGGAAAAUGCGAAAAUUUUGGGUGUUUUCCCAUUUCUUUCCAAGAGUCAUUACGCCAUGGGUAACACCCUUUUGAAAGAGAUGGCUAGAAGAGGACAUGAAGUUACCAUGAUUGCUGCAUUUGAAGAAAAAGGCUUGCCAUCAAACGUUUCUUAUAGAAAUAUCAAGAUAGUCACUCAAUUGGACAAAAAUGAUAAGAGACCCAAUUUCUUCAAAGAAGACAUGACAAACCCUUACUCUAUGACUUUAUUCUUGAACUCUGCGGGUACCAUGAUGACAAAUCAAGUUUUCAAUUCACCAGCAGUUAAGAAACUCCUGGAAUCUGGAGAGAAGUUUGACGCUGUCAUAAUGGAUCAAUUUGUAGAUGAUAGUUGUGCUUAUUUCGCUCAUCAUUUUAGUGCCAAUCAUAUUCUACUAUCUACUACCUUUGCCAAUUCUUGGGUGAAUCCCCUGGUUGGCAAUCCUGCUCCUCCUUCUGUGAACGCAGAACUACUGUUGGAGUUUUCGUCUUCUAUGACUUUCUGGGAAAGAUUGAGAAACACCUUGUUCUAUCUCUUUGGCGAAUUGAACAGACAGCUUUACUUCUUUCCUAAACAAAACGAAGUCAUCAAGAAAAACUUCCCGAAUGCCAGACCCUUGUAUGAUUACCUUUAUAAUGUGUCUCUUGUUCUGGUGAAUGCCCAUGAGAGUUUUAACGAUCCUCUAGCUCUUGUACCUGUUAUGAAAAACGUUGGAGGCAUGCAUGUUUCACCUAGUGGGAAAUUGCCAAGCGAUCUUCAGAAAUUUAUGGAUGUUGCCAAAGAAGGAAUUGUUUAUUUCAGUAUGGGCUCAAAUUUGAGGAGUAAGGAUUUGCCUGACGAAAUAAAAGAGUCUAUAUUGAGAGUUUUUGCCAAGCUAAAGGUGAAAAUUUUAUGGAAAUGGGAAGAUGAAACUUUACCAGGUCAACCUGCUAAUGUAAAACUGAGUAAAUGGUUGCCACAACAAGAAAUUUUAGCACAUCCAAAUUUGAAACUUUUCAUCACCCACGGAGGUUUGUUGAGUACCAUAGAAGCUGUCCAUUAUGGUGUUCCUCUGAUAGCUCUUCCAGUUUACGGUGAUCAAAAACUUAACGCUGCUACCGCACAACAAAAAGGAUACGCCAUCAAUAUUCCAUUUGCUGAAUUCGAAGAAGCAAGGUUUGAAAUGGCCUUGAAAGAAAUGCUAAGGAAUCCAAAGUACAAACAAAAUGCAGAACAAAGAUCCAAACUAUUCCACGAUCGUCCUAUGAAGCCAAUGGAUGAAGCAAUAUACUGGGUGGAGUAUGUAAUAAGGCAUCAUGGUGCGCAACAUCUUAGAGUAGCAGCUUUGAAAUUGAGCUGGUAUCAGUAUAUUCUUCUGGAUGUUGUAGGAUUUUUCUUAGCUGUUGUUAUUGCUGUAUUAUACAUUUCGAAGAUGAUUUUCGGAAAACUAUGUUGCAGAAAGAGUAAAACGGUCAAGUCUAAAACACACUAGCAAUAAAAAGAAUAAAAAUUUGAGUCUUGUUAUUAAGUGCUCAUGAGAUGUUAAUAGUAUCAAUAAGUUUUUGAUAUUUAAAAUAAAGCUGGAGAUUAUUUUUCA